AUGGAAGGCCGAACGCUAAGCUCGGGUGGUACCAAUCCCGAAGUCUGCAUCACUGACACAGAAGACGAAAACGCUCUUCUUCCCCCUUCUGGGCCUAUCACCAGAUCAAAAAAGAAACCUUCACCUACAGCUUUACAAAAUAAAACCGAAUUAGAGUUAUCAAUUCUUCUUAAAUUCAUUAAACCAUUCGAUGGUUCCAGAAAUAAAUUAAAUUCAUUCCUAUCAAACUGCAAUAAUGCUUACAAAUUGGCAUCAGAAAAUCAAAAGGAAAUUUUAUUUAAAUUCAUCUUAUGUCAAUUAGAGGGAAAAGCAGAAACAGCAUGUUCCAUAAAAUAA